CCCCCCAGUCUGAUCCCCACCUGUUGCUCCGGCGGCGGGUUCGAGCAAUGGGCGGGGCUAAAAUCAAAUCAGCAGCACAACAACAGGGAAGGGUCGCGUUUUCCAGACCAGCUGCUGCCUUGUUCCCGGUGUGCAACCUGAAACCGAAUAUGGUGACCAAACGGAUUAGGUCAGAAUACAUGAAAAAGUUUAAGGAUCCCAAAUGGGAAACGUACGCGAAGUGUUAUGAGGAUUUGGUGAGCUACAGACUGUCGAGGAGAAUGUUAGAGCAAACACACAACCCGUGGUUUUGGGAUGAAUGUGAAAGCGACGCAGAGUCCAGCGGCCAAUGUACACCUCAGGAGAGGACCAGAGACUACAGACUACAGAGAUCGGAAAGGACACCCACAGAAAAAGAGACAGCAGUGCACGAAGUGCAUGCACCUGAAGAUGAGAGAGAACCUGAUACGAGCCAGAUAAGAGAACAAGCAACAGAAGAUACCAAACCUCAGGAAAAGGACAAUGAAAAGACCCAGCACCCUCCCCUGUUGUCCUGGUUGUCCCACCAAAAAAGUAUCUCUGUGUUCCGAGCAAUACAAAAAGCAAACCAAAGCAUUUGUACAAACCAACCCGAACCGAAGCCAAGCAUCAUGUCACCAGACAAAGAAAGCAGACAUCCUUUUGCUAUGUAUGGCUCAGGAGAGAAACAGGCAGAUAUGGCCUCAAAAAGAACACACAACGUUGGUCCAGCUGCAUCAACCAAGGAGAUUCAUGAGUCUGCACUGCGAGCAAAGACCAGACGAGAGGCUGAGAAACAGAUGAAGAGAAUGGACAAGCGAAGAGCAAAAUCAGCUGAUUUGGAAAAGCUGAACAAACACAAGCUUGUCCCUGAUUACAACCCUUGGAUGACCGAGUACAUGCGCUGCUUCUCUGCCAGGUCACAGUGAAUCUCUAACACUGUCAGCGUUCUUAUCAGUUUCAGCUAGAGAGGUGCAUCCAGCAUAUCCUGUCUUCCAAAAUGGAUUGCUAUGAUGAUAAAUCAAAUGUCAAAACGACAUAUUUUUUUUAUUUUACCUGACCAGAUUUUUGUAGACUGACAUUAGUUACUAGUGUUUUAACAUAUAUGUAAAACACCACAUCAUUCUGACAGAGAUUGUCAACAUUAAAAUAUAUCUUAAAUAUGUUGAAAGUCAAAUCUGACCAGUCAAGUGCAGUAAUGCAAAACAGAGACUUUCUGUUAAGGUACAAAAUUAUGCUAGUUUUAGCAUUGUUUAAUUCAUUGUAAGUUGCAUUGUAAUGACAGUGCAGACAGAAUUUUUAGACUAAAGUUUUUUUUUUGUUUUUUUUUUUUUACUUUGGUAUUUUCUAAGGUAUAUGUGUUGAUUUUAAUGUUUUAUAUUUGCCACUUUGCACGCUUUGGAAGUUAACACUCAACCUAUUCCAUAGUUUUAUUUACAACAUAGAUGUAAAAUUCAUUGAGGACAUUAAUAACACUUAUUUUGAAAUGUCUGGUUCAGUAAAAGACUUUAAAAGUAUCCCUCAUUCCAGUUUUACUGUAUUCUGACCCGUCAUAAUGUCCUCAGCACUUUUACAAAAUUUCUCAAAAUCUACAGUGUGCAAAGGUUCAUGUGUAAUAUCUUUUUUCAGGGAAGGUUUGUAGACAAUUGUUAUGUCUUUGAAUUAAGUGUGUAGUGCUGUGGUCUACCUCGCAUGUGGUUCAUAAAUAAUGUAUAAAUAAGAAGCGGGGUUCAUUAAAAACAUGAUGCUAAAAUAAUGACGCCAUGAAUUGCAGGUAUUACACACCAGGGUUUUGUGAAGACUUUUGAAAUGAGAAUUGAACGACAUUUUCUGGUUCUGCAAAAUAUUGUGCCCAGUGGUGCACCACUAUAUUUCCAAUUUUACUGUACAAUUAUAAUUUAACAUUCUGAGAAUUUACCUAUCUUUUAACAAUUGUUAUGGACCUCUAGUGAUAAGGCAUUUGUCUGUAUUGUAAUAGUGAUUUGUUUAGUACUGACUUAAUUAGUAGAGUUAAUGAAGCCAUAAUUUUGCUUCUGAGCCAGAGAAGCACAAAGAUCUACCAGUUAUUGUUUGUGUAGAAAGCUGUAGAAUCCAUUCUGAACGGUGCAUAGAUGGGACUCGUUGCUUGUGGUUUGGGCUGUAUGUAAAUGUUUAGUAGUGUAUUUGAGCAGUGACCGUAAUUAGAUUUGGAGUCACUCAGGGCAGACUCAUUGGGAGUUUUUUCCUCUCAGCUUUAGUGUUCAUGUGAUUGUUACUUGAUAAGGUUAGAGUUAUUGUGAGUGUUGCUUAAGUCCAACACACUGUGUUUCUCAAAUGUAUUAAUAAAGUGUUUAGUUUUAUUACAAUGUUAUAUGUAUUUUUGUAUUACUAUUACAGAUAUGUCAUCCAAAAUAAAUGUACAACAUGGAAGUACACAUGGGGGAACUUAUUUUUAAAAUAAUUUAAUAUUAGUAUUGUAGUCUGAUAGGAGUUUAUUGGUGUGAGCCAGUUGAUGUUUCUAAGUAAGGCUGGACCAUACAACAAUCAUACCUUGCAUCACAAUAAAUGUUAUAAUAUUGCAACAUGUCUGAAUGCUGGCCCAUCUUUGCUUCCAUCUGCUCCAUUUACAGAUGCAUUAAAUACAAAAAUAAACACAAAAAAAUCAAGGUAAAUAUUUAAUACAGGAUGAUUUUUCUUUCACCUCCAAAAAGUGACUUUUCUAAAACACAAUGCAAAUAUCUUGCAUGGCCCAUGAAGCAUGUGCUCCAUUAAUGGUAAACUGUAAACACGUUCAGCAGUGUUUGCUUACAAUGUCGAAAUCUGACAAUUCCCCUCCCCUUGUUUUCGGUAACAGCUAGGUUAAGAAUACAUGAAAUGUAGGAUUAAACACAUUUUCCAAGAACGUAUGAAUAAAGUUGAAUGCAGAUACAUAGCAAUUACAUUGAAAAUGUGAUACUAGGUUUAAUAACACUUGGCAUGAGUUAGUCAAACAUUUUCAAACAGGACAGCAUUUAAGUUUGCUGUGCAAAGUAACACUAUGAAACAGUGACUGCAACAUGUUUCAUUGUUUUAUAUUUUAAUUACUAUAUAUGAAUAGAAGAUAGGUCUGUGCCUCAAUAUGUGCUAUAAUCUGACAUUCCAGGUUUUAAAGUAACAUCUGAUAUAUCUUGUGUGUUUAUAUAUAUAUAUAUAUAUAUAAUGUGUGCAAAAAUAAAAUAAAAGCAAAACAAUGGAAA